AUGGGAUAUGAUCAGAUCAGAUCAGGAUCCCAGUACGAUGACUGGAGCGGGCAGAUAGAGGAAGACUCGUCAGGGAGCUGUGGGAGAUUCCAGGAUCAAAUGCUGAUGCAGUGCUGGAGAGCCAGCUUGGACUGUGUAGAUACAGACAGUACCCACCCUGGAGCAGAGGCUGGCAGGAAGUACCUGGCCGGGCCGUGCGGCGCGCGAUGUGGAGCCGCCGUUGCCGCCGCCGCCGCUGCCGCCGCCGCCGCUGCUGCUGGGGCUGCCGCCGAGUCGAGAGACGUGGAGCUCAACAGGGCGGAUGAAAACCCGUUGCUCCCUCCUUGCAACAUCCCUCCCGCUUCGUGCCCCCUCAGUCUUCCCUUCCUCAGCCUUUCCUUUGCCACCCAUUCCUCCUCCCCAGCGCCCUAUGAGCAGCUGAGCCCGGGGGGCGGGGGAGGGGACCCUCGCCGCCGGCGAGCGGGAGGGGCGGGGCGAGGCGGCGGGGCCCCUCCCCACUGUGGCCUGGCGCGCGCGGGCCUCGUCUGCCUUGUGCCUCGGCCUAGCCGGCCGCGCUUCAGCACCCUCAGAGCCGAACAGCGCCUGCUGCACCUAGCUGACCGCCGCGGUCGCAGUCGUGAGUCCUGCCGCCGCCGCCCUCAUCUCCUUCCCCGGGGCCCCGCGGAGCUGGAACUGGCGUUAGAGGAGCUGGCGUUGCUGGCGGCCGGGGAACGGCCGUCUGACCCGGGGGAGCAUCCUCAGGACAGGCCUGGGCCUCUAGCCGAGGUGGCCGGACUGCAGCCGCCGCCGCCGCCGCCGCCCGCCCAGGAUCCCGAGCUGCUGUCGGUGAUCCGGCAGAAGGAUCUGGUGUUGGCGGCCCUAGUGGGCAAGGCACUGCUCGAGAGGAACCAGGACAUGAGCCGGCAGUACGAGCAGAUGCACAAGGAGCUGACAGAUAAGCUGGAGAUGAGGACGUCCCUCCGGGGAUGGGUGGAGGACGGGGAAGGGACAGGUACCCGCCUGCCAGCCCAUGGUAGCUUCGGAAGCCACUCACCUACCUCACCCCACCUCACCCCUUCGUUGCUCAUCCUACCUCGCAGAAAACCGCCUGGAAGGGAGGUGGAAUGGGGGUUAUGGAUUAUCAGACGAGGUCAUUCAUGGAACCCACCUAACUUUCCCACCCUGCUCAGCAAAUGGGUCCAUGCAGGGCUCCAACCGCCGUGGGCCGUUCUAUAUAGCAACUGGAACAAGAGAAACGUGAACUAAGACGAUUUGAGAACCAAGAAGGGGAGUGGGAAGGAUGCGAAGCUGAGCUGGAGAAUGAUGUGAAAGAGCUUCAGGAUGAGUUGGAGAGGCAGCAAGUUCAUCUAUGGGAAGUAGAUGGAGAACAAACACAGGCUGUCCAGGAAUUAUCAGAACAGAACCAAAGGUUAUUGGCUCAAUUCAGGGUGAGUUACAAGCUAAGAGUUUAUGGAAUAAAAUAAUAAAAGUUGAAACAGCUUUUGUGUAAUGUCAACCAUUUAUAUGGUAAGAGUAGUUCUGAUUUUUGUUGCCUUGGGUAUUGAUAUCAACAAAUGAAGUAUUUUUCACCUAUAAGAAUUUCGGCUGUGGUGAAAUAGGCAUCAGGAGAAAAGACCCUUGCCUGUCAUUAGCCAGCUGUGAGACUUUGGCAAUCACUUAACUUGGGAGUUUCCUCAUUCUUAAAAUGUAAGAGUUUGCUUAAUGAUUUGAUGUUCCUUAUAGCGCUAAAAGUCUAUGAUUCUUUCACCUAGAGAAAAUCUAUUUCUGGUAAAGCUAUGUUAAUGCAUUUAGUUCAAAUGUUAAACAGUGCCAUCUUUAAACUGAAAAGCUUGGGGAAAAUUUCUAGAGCAAAUUAUUUUCAUUGACGUUACAUUUGUGAAUGUACAUUUCAUAUUAUUUAAAUAUGAAAGGAGGCAUGUGUAUCUGUGUUUAAAAUUUGUUCUCUUUAUUUCCACAUUAAGUAAAAGUUCCUUUUGGUACCUUUAUAAGGUGGUGUCAUGGAAGUAAUAAUUAACCAAAGUCAAGACUGUAAAAUCAUUGCAAAGAAGGUGUUUGAGGGGUGGAUAGGUGGAAAUCUAAUUUAAAUACAGAACAUACCUUUUAACAAAUGCAUGAAUGUUGUUAAUAAUUCCCUGGUCUCUAAACCCACCUAGUUUUGAAAAUUAAGAGCUGGAUUUAUUGUUGUACCUCAGUCUUUCUCAUGUGUUGAAAAUGAGUUCAGUUACCAGAGGAAAAAAAGAACUUCUACUCUGAUCUCAUCCCUAAGCACUAACGUUCUCAUGAGAGCACUGCCCUUGUCUGCAUGGUUAGUGUUUGGUGCUUAGGUCUCUGGGAAAGGCUUAGGUAGAGCAGCAUAUGAAGUUAUUUCACUAGUUUGUUUCAUAGUUUCUUCCCGUGGGCACCCUGAGACUGGUCAAAACCUUCAUGCCUCACAAGGAAGUGCAAAGUAAAUGCUACCACUAGAGAAAGGGAGAGGAAGAAGGAGAGGUACAGAGGAGAGGAUGA